UUAAGUGAAACAACAAAGCCAGGAGGAGCAGCCAGCCGACAAGCCUUUUGUUUUCUUCCACUCAGCCUCCUCAGCCCCCCUUUUGUCUGCUCCCCUGUGGAGAGAGGCCAGCCAUCUCCGGCCCUGAUCCCUGGCACACAGCAAUGCUUCCUCCCUAGCCUGGACCAGCCUGGCAGCCUCCCAGGGCAUUCGCGGCUGCAGGGACUUGGCCGAAGGAAUCACCGGCCAGCAGUGUUUGGAGCAGCACCCGAGCCCCCGCUGCACAGUGCUGACGUAACCAUGAUGCUGGCUGCCUUUUAGAGGCCAGGGACUCGGUUGCCUGGAAACAGCAGAAGAUACUCUCCAGCCCGGAUCUCAGCCCUGACGUCAAGGCCUGACGCUGCCUGGAUGCCUGGCUCGCUCUUUCCAGGCCGCCUGGUGUCAUGGAGGGGAGAGGCCUAGCCUGACAGAGGAGUGCCCGGGAACCACGAAGCAAAUGGACAUCAAAGGCCAGUACUGGACUGACGAUGAUUCGGAUGGAGACAAUGAGUCGGAGGAAUUCCUCUAUGGAGUCCAGGGGACCUGCGCAGCGGAUCUGUACCGACACCCGCAGCUGGAUGCCGACAUUGAGUCGGUGAAGGAGAUCUACAGCGAGAACUCUGCAUCCGUCAGAGAAUAUGGGACCAUUGACGACGUGGACAUCGACCUCCACGUCAAUAUCAGCUUCCUGGAUGAGGAGGUGUCGACGGCCUGGAAGGUCCUACGGACCGAACCCAUUGUCCUGAGGCUGCGGUUCUCCCUCUCCCAGUACCUGGAUGGACCCGAGCCAUCGAUCGAGGUUUUCCAGCCAUCUAAUAAGGAGGGGUUUGGCUUGGGUCUUCAGCUGAAAAAGAUCCUGGGAAUGUUCACGUCCCAGCAAUGGAAACACCUCAGCAAUGAUUUCCUGAAGACCCAGCAGGAGAAGCGGCACAGCUGGUUCAAGUCAAGUGGCACCAUCAAGAAAUUCCGAGCAGGCCUCAGCAUCUUCUCUCCCAUCCCCAAGUCUCCCAGCUUCCCCAUCAUCCAGGACUCCAUGCUGAAGGGCAAAUUGGGGGUGCCAGAGCUCCGCGUCAAUCGCCUUAUGAACCGUUCCAUCUCCUGCACCAUGAAGAACCCCAAGGUGGAGGUGUUCGGCUACCCCCCAAGCACCCAGGCAGGUGUCGCCCCAUUCAACAUCCUGGUCGGCGGCCAUUGCAAGAACAUCCCCACACUGGAGUAUGGUUUUCUCGUCCAGAUAAUGAAGUAUGCGGAGCAGCGGAUCCCCACCCUGAACGAGUACUGCGUAGUGUGCGACGAGCAGCACGUCUUCCAGAACGGAUCCAUGCUCAAGCCGGCUGUGUGCACGCGGGAGCUGUGUGUCUUCUCCUUCUACACCCUGGGGGUGAUGUCUGGCGCGGCGGAGGAGGUGGCCACGGGAGCAGAGGUGGUGGACCUGCUUGUGGCCAUGUGCCGGGCUGCCCUGGAGUCCCCGCGCAAGAGCAUCAUCUUUGAGCCGUAUCCCUCCGUGGUGGACCCCAGCGAUCCCAAAACACUUGCCUUUAACCCUAAGAAGAAGAACUAUGAGCGUCUGCAGAAGGCCCUGGACAGUGUGAUGUCAAUCCGGGAAAUGACCCAGGGCUCGUAUCUGGAAAUCAAGAAGCAGAUGGACAAGCUGGACCCUCUGGCACACCCUCUCCUGCAAUGGAUAAUCUCCAGUAACAGAUCUCACAUUGUCAAGCUGCCUCUCAGCAGGGUACGUGGCCGCCCCCCUUUCAGGCAGCUGAAAUUCAUGCACACCUCUCACCAGUUCCUCCUGCUGAGCAGCCCCCCAGCCAAGGAAGCCCGGUUCCGCACAGCCAAGAAACUCUACGGGAGCACCUUCGCUUUUCAUGGAUCUCACAUUGAGAACUGGCAUUCCAUCCUACGCAACGGGCUGGUCAAUGCGUCCUACACCAAACUGCAGCUGCAUGGAGCAGCCUAUGGCAAAGGCAUCUAUCUGAGCCCCAUCUCCAGUAUUUCCUUUGGAUACUCAGGGAUGGGGAAAGGACAACACAGGAUGCCCUCAAAGGAUGAGCUCGUCCAGAGAUAUAACCGAAUGAACACCAUCCCUCAGACUCGAUCUAUCCAGUCCCGGUUCCUACAGAGUCGGAAUCUAAACUGUAUAGCACUUUGUGAAGUGAUCACCUCGAAGGAUCUCCAGAAGCACGGGAACAUCUGGGUGUGCCCGGUCUCGGACCAUGUCUGCACCCGUUUCUUCUUUGUGUACGAAGACGGACAAGUAGGAGACGCCAAUAUAAACACUCAGGAUCCCAAGAUCCAGAAGGAAAUCAUGCGUGUGAUCGGAACUCAGGUCUACACAAACUGAGGGGCACCUGCGGAGCCCACACUUUUCACGCAGGGAGCCGGCGAGCUGCUCCCCCUGGUGCAGGCAGAGAGGAGCUGGGUGUCUGAGGCUGCCAAAAGGAGCAAUGAAAACACUGGCUUCAUGAAGGAAACAGACAGGCGUGGGGGUGGGGUGAGGGCCUCAGCAUCCUCCUUGGAGCAGGACUCUGCCGCUUCAGUCAGCACCACAUCUGGAGGGCAAUGGCUCUGGUGCCACAUCUGGGAAGCGGAGGUGCGACUGUGAGUCAGGUUUCCCAGCUGGCUCCCUGCUGCCUGUGCAUAGAUGUAUAGCAGAGAACGCAGCCAGGGCGGGCUUGUUGAUAUUUUCCCCCGCCCUGAUCACCCUGUAUCCCAGCACUGAGCAGGAGCCAUGGGCACGUCCUGCCUCAUGUGCCUGCCCUUGGACCUGGGCGUUGCCCCUGGGCACAUGGCCGUUCUCAAGUUUACAGCAAUGACAUUUUUAACAACAAUAAAAACAAAGCAAAAAAAAAAUGGUUUUAGCUUAUUAAAGUUCUUUAAAAAACUG